CCACAUCAUGAGAUGGUACGAGACCACGCCGAGGAGUUGUGGACGAAAUCUGGCAUUCAUUCCUUGUUCCGCGCAUCCGAUGCAUCGAAGCCCUUCCUGACAUUUCCUGUUUUGGACGAUACUGGCUUCUUGUUGUCCGACGAAUUCAAGAGUAUCAGUCCGAUAAGCACAAUUUUGCCUGGCACGGGUAACGUACAGAGUACAAUGAGCAAAAAGGGGAAUGGUGAAAAGGUAGCAAAGAGCAUCGUGACAGUCGAAAUUCAGCCGCCCACAGGCCUCGAGGCAGAUGAAAUAAAUGCUUUCUUCGACAAGCAGAUAAACACGCUGAAUGAAGAGUCGGGUUACACCCGUAGCCUUGUUUUCGAGAGUUGUUCCUCGUUUGCUAGUGCAGGGGGCAAGAAGCAGGAGGGUAGUGAGUUGGAGAAGCAGCACGAAUUACCGUCGUGGGUAGUGAUACAUACAUUUAGUGGCGUGGUUAGCAACGAUGUGGUGAAGCGAAUAGAGCUAGAUGUGCAUAAGAUGGAUGAGAGUAUUGGAGAUUUACACGGCGAGGUCAAAGGGUGGAGCCUCCAGGGAGGUUUUGGAGAAAAAAAGUUGUUUGAAUAGUUUUCGGACUGUCUAACUAUGAGAUCGUAGUCAAUUCUCUGCGAGCUGCAAAGCCAAGCCUUUGCUGAAUAGAGACAAUCUUCUUCGUGUUAUAAA